AUCGGCGACGCGUUCAGUGGUGUAGAAAAUGUCGAACAAGUUGGUCCUGUACACUCACAUCGUCAGCCCCGCUGGCCGUACGGCCCAGCUGGUAGCAAAAGCGUUAAACCUUGACAUCGAGAUCAAGGAGAUGAACGUAUUCCAAGGGCAGCACUUGAGCGACGAAUUCAAGCGUCUCAACCCGGUACAAACCAUCCCUACGCUCGAUGACAACGGAUUCCUGCUGUGGGAUAGCCACGCUAUCGCUAUCUACCUGGCACAACGCUACGGUAAAGAGUCGGGCCUUUACUCGGACGAUCUACAGGAACAGGCACGCAUCAAUGCGGCCCUGUUCUUCGAGAGUUCGAUCCUGUUCGCACGGUUACGCUUUUGCACCGAUACCCUGAUCGUAUUGCGCAAGCCAGCGAUACCGGAGGACAAUCUCAGGCGCGCUCGCGAUGCAUUGCAGCAGUUCGAGGGGUUGCUACAGGAUGAUAAGCCAUACGUCGUGGGUGAUAGGCUAACGGUGGCGGAUUUAAGCUGUGUGACCAGCGUUACUACGCUCCAUCUGAUGCUUCAACCCGAACGUACCGAGUAUCCCAAAACCUUUGCCUGGAUUGACCGAAUCGCCAAGCUCCCGUACUAUGCCGAAAUUAACGCGAAGGGACUACUGGCCGCCGGAGAGCUAAUUCAACGAGUGACGGUUCGAAACGUCGAGGAAACCGCGAGCAAGCAAUGAAGAACGCAAGUAUACGAUUGCGCAACAGCCGAAGCAUGACUUGGCUGAACGUUCUUUAUG